AGCGGUGAGUUUUGACGGAGAGCGACUCAUCUCGUCGACUCCUUGAACGAAAAGUGAGAAGCGGACGGGAGCACCUGAACCCGCGCGUCUUAAUUACACCGUAGCCUGUUUACGCACAAGUUACGAUACAUUAGACGACUCAAAACACCUCGAGUGUACUGUUAAUAUGUAGAUAAAAACUGUCACUUUACCUAAAACAUUGGAUAUACAUAUUUUUUUUCUUAAUGGGAGUGAAGGAGCGCAGCUAGCUCGCGGCGGCGGCAGCAGCGGAACACUCGUGCGUUUAGCUAGUUUGAACUUUGUGGAAAUAUGUAACUGGGACAAAUGACAUUGUGACAUGGAGCAGUCGGCUACUCUCGACAUAGAGACGCUGAAGAUUACCCAGGAGCAGUUUAUCCUCGCAUCCCAGUCCCUGCACCUCCAGCGACCAGGCUGCGAUGCCGUCUACCCAGUGGGUCUGUAUGGCUGGAGGAAAAGAUGCCUCUAUUUCUUCCUGCUGCUGCUCCUGGUCACCAUGAUAGUGAACCUGGCCCUCACUGUCUGGAUCAUAAAAGUCAUGAAUUUCUCAGUGGAUGGAAUGGGAAGCCUCCAUUUGAACCAGGACGGGAUUCGCCUGGAAGGAAUCUCAGAGUUUCUCCUGCCUCUCUACGUGAAUGAGAUCCAGUCUAGAGGGGACAGCUUGUUGGUCUUGCGAUCAGAGAAGAACGUGACGCUCAACGCCAGAAACAACCAAGGCCAGCUGACCGGCCAGCUCACAGUGGGACCUGAGGCUGUGGAGGCCCAGUGUCAGAGGCUGGAGGUGCGAAGUCGAGAUGGAGGGAGACUGCUGUUCACUGCAGAUGAGGAGGAAGUUAUCAUGACAACAGAAAAGUUCACUGUCACAGGCUCGGAAGGCGCUGUGUUUGGACAUUCAAUAGAAACUCCCCUGAUCCAGGCGAUGGCUUCUGAAGACCUCAGGCUGGAAUCUCCAACACGGACUCUGACCAUGGAGGCUCCCAGAGGGGUUGAAGUGAGCGCUGCCAAGGGGUCACUGAAGGUCAGCGGUCGUAAGGACCUACAGCUGGAGUCGACAGAGGGAGAGAUUCUUUUAGAUGCCAACACCAUACAGCUGGGCAGCCUCCCGCUUGGCAUCUACACGGCGUCUCCCAGCCAGGCCUCCCCUGAGCAGGCCGUAUACGAGGUGUGCGUCUGCCCCAGCGGCAAGAUCUACCUCUCUCCUGCAGAGAGCAGCUCCACCUGCCAGGCCAUGAGUAACAUCUGCCUCUGGAGCUGACCUGGGAGCAGCAUCGGUGAUCGGGGACAACCUCUCACAUCUGCUCCGGAGCAGCCGAGGUGGAGGCUCCUCCGUUGGUACACUGACGGAGAGCAGAAUUCCCCUGGGUGGAGAUGGAGCUCAGACUCUUCACUGUCUGAGCUGUUUGAGUUCAGAUUAGUACAGAGUCUGAUAGCUGCAGUGGUCUACUGGAGGUCAGGACUCACCACUGAUUCAGGCAGAGCAGCUCUGAAAUCAGGAAUACCACACACAAACAAGAACAUUUCCACUACCUUGUAUUAGAGUCAGAGGACACAACUUUUAUUUUUCUACUCUAGGUUCAUUGUAGACAAGCAGUGACUGUUUUUAGGAUCAGAAAGAAUAAGAUAAGACAAAACACAGGUGCCUUCAGCAGUGAGAGAAGUCAUACUAAACCUGGAGUCAGAGGUUUGUGAAGUUGUGGUGAUAAAAAGUGAAGUAAGCACAAUUCUGUCAUGUUCCCCCCCACCUCACAAAAAAACCCCCAGAUUUUAGAUUAUUUUGAGAAUUCUUAAUAGAUAUUUUUGUUUUUUCCCACUGUGUUAGCAGCAGUUUCAUUUGAAAUUAAACAUGUUUUUAUGUGGCA